AUGGUUAAACAAUUUCAACAAGUAAAAGACAACCCCGUGCCUAAGGCAAUAUUUUAUACUUGCAUGGACAGCAGAAUGAUCCCAACACGAUUCACAGAGACAUCUGUCGGUGAUAUGUUUGUUGUUCGAAAUGCUGGGAAUCUCAUUCCACAUUCUGAAACGUUUGUUGAUGAAAUGACGAGCUGUGAACCUGCUGGUUUGGAACUAGCCUGUAUUGUAAAUGAUAUAAGGCAUGUGAUAGUAUGCGGACAUAGCGAUUGCAAAGCGAUAAAUCUCUUAUAUCAACUAAGAAACAAAGAAGAAUCGAGUAUUGAAAAACGGCGAAUAUCACCCUUGAAGUCUUGGCUCUGCUCACACGCACAAUCGAGUCUGGAGAAGUUUAUAUCAAUGAAUGGUGACUUUAAACAACCCAUGUUGUUUUCGGCUGAGACACCACAAAGGAAAUUCGUAGCUUAUAUUGAUCCUGAGAACAAGUUCUGCAUUGAAGACAAGUUAUCACAAGUGAAUACUCUUCAGCAGCUGCAAAAUGUUGCAUCAUAUGGCAUGUUGAAGAAACGCUUAGAGAAACAUGACUUGCAUAUUCAUGCCCUUUGGUUUGACAUCUACACUGGUGAUAUCUACUAUUUCAGUCGCCGAGCGAAGAGGUUUAUCAUUAUAGAUGAAGCGACGUAUGAAUCUAUUUUAAGUGAAGAAACUUUGAAUCUCAAAAUGAAUCAAAAACCAAUAUUUGAAUACAAUGAUGAGUCUCAAGCAGAGAGGUUAGCAAGGAAGUCUAAAGAUUCUCCGUUUAUGAUCCUUGGCAUUAUGGGAUUAGUUGGUGUGUGUGCAGUGGGUGCUUACAAAUACAAGAAAAGAGGCAACAUGAGCACCAGUAUAUUCCUGAUGCAACUCAGAGUAGCUGCUCAAGGUACAGCUGUAGCAGCACUCACAUUGGGCCUGGGGUACUCUCUUGUCGAUAAAUAUAUACUGAAGACUAAAAAAGAAGAAUAA